AGACAGAAUCAAACAACAAACAAGAGCAAUCCUAACUGUUUUGAUUGCUUUUUUCCAUUGGAAUAAAAAAAUAAUAAAGAAAGUAAAGUACGUAAGAAAGCAUAAAGAAAAAUGAUGUUUACAUCAAUCAUUUUUGUACAACGUACAACGCAAGCAAUGAGAACCCAAUGAAAAAACCUGGGGAUGAAGCGAAAUUCCAUUGGUUAAUGAUCGGUGGUGAAUGGCUGAAUGGCAAUGGCGCCGCUUGGGUGACCCCAAUGAACAACGUACAGACAAAAAAGUAACACUGUGCGUUAGUUGACAUUCAUCCAUUAUAGAGUAUUAUUAAUUGUUAGUACUUGAAGCCAUCCAUCGUCAGAAGAUUUCUCAAAGUUCUAACAGUCGCAAUGUUAUAUGAAAACUAAUGGAGGAAGAUGCCGGCAAAAGAAUGAGAGGCAGAGCACGAGGUAGAGGUCGUGGACGGGCCAGAGGUCGGGCGAGAGGAAGAGUCAAGAAAGCAGUUAAGAUAAUCGAAAGUGAUGAUGAAGAUGUUACUCAACCUUCGGAAGAAACUCCCAUGGAGAUGGGAGAGCCAGAAUCCAAGCAGCAUGACACCCAGCAAAAUCAGCAACAGCAGCAACGCUUACCGCUCGAGCAACAGUUCGAUCUAGAGGCUGAUAUAUCACAACUAGAGGCACCAACAUUCACCACCAUUAAUCGUGGCCCUCCUGAGCCCAUGCUGCGUUUGAGAUGGGAUCACCGGGUCAAUUUAAUCGGAGAAAAAGUUCUCAACCCUAUGAUACACUGUUGUGACAAGUGUCUGAAACCAAUUCUCAUAUAUGGACGCAUGAUCCCGUGCAAACACGUUUUUUGCCUGUCGUGCGCUAAAAGAGAAGACAAAGUUUGUCCACGUUGUAUGGAAAAAGUAUCGCGUGUCGAGCAGACCGGAUUAGGAACGGUAUUCAUGUGUACUCAUGGUGGUACCAGAUAUGGCAAUGCUGGCUGUCGGCGGACGUAUCUCAGUCAACGAGAUUUACAAGCUCAUAUAAAUCAUCGACACAUCGCAGCGCCGCCUCCAGUAGUUCAGGGAAUGCAAGUCGAUCAGCCGCAAUACGCUCAUACAAAAUCGGACAUGGAGUCUCAGCUGUCAAAAGUUGGCUCGGUUGCAAUGCAAACAGGACGCAUGAAGCAAAUGCCCGCUCAUAUGGUACAAUCAAUAAUGGGCAACGAUCCACGGGUGAAUUCGAUGGUGAAUCAAUCGCCGUCCGAACACAGACAGCAACAGCAGCAGCAACAACAACAGCAACAGCAGCAGCAGCAACAGCAACAACAGCAACAACAAGCACCAGUGCAACACAGACCUCAACAAAUGAUGACAAUACAAAAUUAUUCGCAGAGUGCAGUUCCUCCGGUUCCAUCACCCUCGAACAAUCCACCAAUGCGAACUAAUCUCAUAACCGUCCCAAUCCAGGACAAUACUUUGACUUCACACGACAUUCAUCCCCAACCGAGUCAUCAUUAUUAUCAACCACCACCUCAAGUGAAUUACGGUGGUUAUAGUGUACCUCCGCCAGUUCCACAGACACCAAAUUAUUACGCUUCAACGCAACAUCAAGCUCAAGUCUCUUAUGCUCCACCACCGUCUCAACAACAAUAUGUUUCGGCGGCACCAUCCACGAUAAGGCCAUCGCCGACUUCGUACAUGCAAGAGUCCCCUUAUCGGACACAACCUCAACAACCGCCUCCACCACCACCUCCCCAAACUCAAUGGUCCCAGCAUCAACAACAAUUUUAUAGAUGAAAGUUGUUUAAGCGUCUUUUACCCAUAUAUUUUUCAAAUGAAACAAUUACGUGGAUCUUCGGACACCAAUUCACGUGUCGCUUGAAAUGCGAAAGAGCAAAGACUCCUCGUUUGUAUCUUGAAUUCUCUGUGAGACUGACCGAUUCAUACGGUCGACACAAAAUAAUUAUAAAUAGUCAUGUGACGAAUAUAUUGGUGUAUAUAUAAAUAUACACGAAAUAAUUUUUAAGUCGGGUACGCUUUCGAUAUUAGUAUUCAUUUGUAUAAUGAAAUCUUUUCUUUUUUUUCGACUGAAUUUCGUAACGUCAACCUCAGUCAAUCCAGGCUUGUUGGGAAAAAAAUUCAUCAUGUUACGAAACACUUUCUGUGACGACACGGGAAAAUUCUCUACUGAGGAUAUAUCCCCAACAGCUGUUUUUCGGUUGAUCUCUCGAGCGCUGAUAAGGAUGGCACUAAUGGAGGAAUGAAAACAUUAUUAUACAUACUGAACAGACGCUGUUUGUGCAGUGUCAAUUUUUCUCAGACGCUCCAAAUAUUCGUAACAAACGUUACGGUUCGGCCACAUUUAAGUAUUUCCCCUGCAGCGUUGCCUGCUUUCCUUUCGAUUUUAACACCGAAGAGAAUUAUCAAUUUUUUUUAUAUAAGUAAAAAAUGAGAAAUUAUUUAUAUACCGUAAAUAGUUUUUUUUUGUUCAUGGUACGCAUGAUUUUUUAAAUUGAAUUUUAGAAUGACUCUAAUUGUUAUCCGAGUAUCAUCAUUUGUUUCUUAUCAAGAGAUUCGGUACAGUCUCGGGACAAGUACAUUGACAGCCCUGUCGACUACUGGCCGGAGGCUCUCGCCGAGACUAUACUUUCUCUGAAUAUAAAACGAUUCGCGGUGAUGGGGGUAAAGUUGACAUGUCGUUUCCUAGAAUUACUGAGCUCGGAAGAAGUUUCGUGAUGCGAAAAUUGGUUUUAAUAUUCACAAAAUAUAAUUUCGAAACUGCAAUAUAUUUUCUUCGUGAUCAACGAUGAAAUUACGUUUCUCUCUAUAAUUUUGUCAACAUUAUUAACGUAGAUUGAACGAAUUCGAUGAAAGAAUUCCACGAUUCAAAAAUUCCUAUAAUAGCUUCAUUUGUAUUUACAAGGUGCUGAUCAACACGGGUCCAAAAAACUAUACGGUUGAUGAAUUAUUGAUGUAGCUAUAAGAGUUUAUAGUGACAUCAGUAGUGGCUUCAGAACGAUCUAUUAUCGCAUGAGGUAGAGUCCAGUAUUCGUCAGGGCUCAAUUUUUUUCAAAGAGUAUAUACAUUCAGGCUCACGAUCAGAGUCAUUUUCAAAAGUUUUAUUGAUAACUAUAAUGUCGCCGAAUACUUGAUUCCACUUCGUGGGGUAAUAGGCUGCAUUGAAUCAACUAGUGCUAUCACUACGAAACUAUACAAUUCCCCAAAUUCAAUGAAAAAAAAAAAAAAAAAAAACAAUUACAUUGCAUUUACGUUUUAGACGUUCUCAGCCGUUUAACGGCGAAAUAAAAUUGCAUGAAAACGGGCGAAAUUGACGAUCACAAAAAAACGUGAGUCAAGCCUAGUUAGUGGUAAUAGGGCUUUUUUUCAUAUGCCGACUUUAAAGUUUAUAUCGAAUUUUGAUGUGAAAGCCGCUAUUUUUUAUUUUCAAUCGGUAAAAGUGACGAAUGUUCACGGGGAAAAUGAUAAAUUCACAGUAUCCGGCAUAUGCGAUGUCUCCAACAAUCGAAAGGGUUGGCAUUCACAAAAAAGUUUUUAAGGAUUCCUUGAGAACGGUUGACUCCAAUAUUGUUGUACAGCAAUGAAAUAUUUUUAUUUUAUAUUCGUCCAUUGAUUCCCUGUACAAUAUAUUCUUUGAAAAUGAAUCAAACUUUUAUGUCUAAAGUAUCUACUGAAAAAAAUACGACUUUUUUAUCCGGCAAGUGCACCAAUGAAACUGCUUUUUUCUAACAAAAUUCAAGUUGUUUAAUCAUAAGAAUAUCUCUUGUUGUACAAGCGUGAUCAGCGCGAGAGUACAAAAUAAUGAGAAAAUUAUUUAUGACGUAGAUUUUUAGUAUUGUACAGACGAUAACAGUUUUAAGGUAUGUACAAAAAGUAAUCACAUGUAUAUAUAACACUUAAAAUAUAUUGCAAUUAUUAUUAUUAUUAUUAUUACAUUAAAACCGUGUGAGAUGAGAGGAAAGGGGGGCUGGCAAUGGUGUUUUUAACUAAAUAUUCAUUCAUUCACACAUACUAGCUCUGCUAUAAACUUUAAACGCCCUUCAAUCUCUGUACUCCAACUUGACGAUAAACUGAAAAGCAAUUGGUUUCUGAUUUUUUCGUAGAAUUCUUAAUUCCGUCGUCUUCGCGUGAUUUAAGCAGAAAGAAAAUAACUGCUUCAAAUACUCAUACGUUCUUUCAAGUUACACGGUAAAAAACGAAUGCGUUUGCUUGAUUUAAUCAUCCUAACGAAACUAGCGAGAUCAUUCAAUUGUCAUUGCGAUGAUUUUCGACUCCGAGUGCAGAUAUUGAUAGAGAAAAUUUUUUUUAAAUCAAUUGCAAAUAUCUUUCGUUCGACAAUAAUUACCUCAAAUUUUAUAAAAUUUCAUCACACUAGUCGAAUGAAAAAACAUAACGAAGUUUGAGUUUUGGUCUGUAAAGAAAGAUAAUCAUUCCUCGCAAUUUUUCUCUCCAUAUUCUGACAGAUGUAAAACUUCUUACAACCUUUUAUACCUCUAUGACUCAUUAGAUUUGAAGCGUCGUACAUUCAUGUAUUUAUUUAUAGUCAUUUUUUCAAUGAGCAUUGCGCAUUGAAAUGUCAGGAAGACAAAAUAAUUCAAUUUUCAAUUAAUUUCUUCUUUUAUAUACAAUCUGGAAAUUUUAGGGUGUAAGUGGAUUAAUAAGACUUGAAUGGGGAAGGAAUUACGAGUUACGAAUGAACCAAGAUAUUAUUUACAUUGUCGCAUCGAAUCAUUUGUCUUACCAAUUAUAAGUAACAUACGCGAGAGUUCGUCAACAUUGAAUUAUGUUACUCGUUUUAAGAAACGAAUGGGCUCAGAGCUGUUCAAGUGUCUUACAUAAAUUGUAAACUUUUCUUGCGAUAAUAAUCGGAUCCGUUCAAGGAUCAAGUUCUGCACAUAUUUUUUGUACGCAUCAACAAAUUUGAAUUGAUUGAACGUUUUCUCUUCAUUGUGCAUAUCUCAAAUGCCAAGAGAAAUUAGUUCAGUCGCUAUGAAUGUCUCACGUCAUCUCGGUUGGAUUACAAAGGCCUUUGUUUACUUUUUCUCUAAUUUACCAAAACUUUACCAAAAUGUAGCCACGUUAAAAAUAUUCCCAUCGUUAUAUAAAAAAUUGAGACAAAGU